ACAGCUUCUGGGGGUGGAGCUCCACUCUACAGGCGUCUGCAGCUGGACACUCUUUUGGUUUGCAAAGUGAAAGUAAUUUGCAGUUGGUGUCGCCAUUUUGUCAAGAAACGCGCAUAAGAUUCUGGAAAAAUAUCGAGACAUUUUUUUUUAUUCCAAGUGCAAGACUGCGCUGGUGAAAUAUUUCAAGUGGUCCGGAUCAGCACAAAAAUGAGAAAGAAGAGAGGAAAAAGAAGAACUGUUUCUGAAAUGAGCGCCACUGUGGAGGGUAAAACAAAGAGGGGCCCGAUGGAGAGAGCAGGCUCACCUGUACCCAGCUGUGUUUCCAUGAAGAGUGACUGGUCAAUGGAGCAUCCACGGCACUUCAGAGGGGGACCUAUUCCUCCUGAUCAAAGUGGCCCGAUGGAGAGAGCAGGCUCACCUGUACCCAGCUGUGUUUCCAUGAAGAGUGACUGGUCAAUGGAGCAUCCACGGCACUUCAGGGGGGGACCUAUUCCUCCAGAUCAAAGAGACCAAGUGGAAAGAUGUAAUUCAGAUCCACAUGAAGGAGAUUUAUCAUCCGUCUUCAAGGUACUAGAGGAAAAAGCCCAAAUGUUUCUGAAGGAUGAGCUGAGGAGAUUCAGAAGGUCCCUAGAUCAGAAUGACCCAGAAUGCCCUGAGCCUCAGCUGGAGGAGGACAGUGACCUGGACAGUGAUGGUCAGAUGCAGAAGACCUGUGGUAGAGAAGGAGCUCUGAAGAUCACACUGUACAUCCUGAGGACCAUGGAGCAAAAUGAUCUCGCUGACAGGCUGGAGAAGAGGCAUCUUCUGUCACGAUGUCAGCACAGAAUCAAAUGUAACCUGAAGAAGAAAUAUGAGUGUGUAUUUGAAGGGAAAGCUAAGGAAGGACAGCCAACACUUCUCAAUGAGAUUUACACAGAACUCUACAUAACUGAAGGUGGGACUGGAGGAGUCAAUGAUGAACAUGAAGUGAGACAGAUUGAAACAGCAUCCAAGAAAAGGCCAACAGAAGAUACUACAGUCAAGUGCAAUGAUAUAUUCAAACCCUUAUGUGGGCGUGAGAAACCUAUCAGAACUGUACUCACUAAAGGGGUGGCAGGUAUCGGGAAAACAGUCUCUGUGCAGAAAUUUAUCCUAGACUGGGCAGAAGGAAAAGCAAACCAGGAUGUUCACUUCAUAUUUGCUCUUCCUUUCCGGAACCUGAAUUUGAUUAAAGAUGAAUACAGUCUAAUUGAACUGCUUCACCACUUUGUCCCAGAACUGAAAUCAUUUGAACCUUCUGAUCUGUUUAAGUACAAAGUCUUGUUCAUCUUUGAUGGUCUGGAUGAGUGUCGCCUUCCUCUAGAUUUUCAGAACAAUGAGAGCUGGUUUGAUGUAACAAAGAGAAUGUCACUGGAUGUGCUGUUGACUAACCUCAUUAAGGGGAAUCUGCUUCCAUCCGCUCUCCUCUGGAUAACCUCCCGGCCAGCAGCAGCCAAUCAGAUUCCUCCUGAGUGUGUCCACCAGUUGACAGAGAUACGAGGGUUCAGUGAUGCCCAGAAGGAGGAGUAUUUCAGGAGGAGAUUUAGUGAUCAGAGCCUGGCUAGCGGGAUUAUCACACAAGUGAAAACAUCAAGGAGCCUCUUCAUCAUGUGUCACAUACCUGUGUUCUGCUGGAUGUCAGCCACAGUCCUUGAGAGGCUUUUUGACAGUGGAGAAAUGCCAAGGACUCUGACUGAAAUGUACACACACUUCCUGAUCUUUCAGACAAGUUUAAAAAAUGAAAAGUAUAUGAAAAAUGACAUCAAGCUUAAUGAAUUCAACAAGGAAUUCCUUCUAAAACUUGGUAAAUUGGCUUUUGACAACCUUGAGAAAGGCCAUCUAAUAUUUUAUGUGCAAGAUCUGACAGACAAUGGCAUUGAUGUCAUUGAAGCUUCAGUUUACUCUGGAGUGUGCACAGAAGUCUUUAAAGAGGAAUGUGGGUUGUAUCGCGAGAAGGUGUACUGCUUUGUGCAUCUGAGCAUCCAGGAGUAUCUUGCUGCGCUAUAUGUGUUUCUAUCAAACUCAUCACCUGACAUGCUGGAGACUGCAGUGAAUGAGGCAUUAAAGAGCAAGAAUGGACACUUGGACCUCUACCUCCGCUUCCUCCUGGGCCUCUCAACAGACUCCAGUCAGAAUCUGUUACAGCGGCUACUGGGACAGACAAGAACCAGCUCACAUAACAUUAAGGAAACAGACCAAUCAAUCCAUCCCUCCAAUUUCUGUACCCCUGUGUCCUAUUCAGGGCCGUGGAAGUUCAAAGAUUAUCUUGAAAGCCAUAAGUCCUUCGCAGAAUUUGACGCAAAAUACAGGGCCGACCCAUCAUCGGCUGAAUACAUCAAGUGGAAAAUAAAUGAGAAUUUAUCUACAGAAAGGACAAUCAACCUGUUCCACUGUCUGAAUGAACUGGGUGACAAUUCCCUAGUAGAGGAAGUACAAAGAUACCUUAAUUCAGGACAUCUGUCAGCAGAAGACCUCUCACCUGAACAGUGGUCAGCUCUGGCCUUUGUGUUACUGAUGUCAGAAAAGGAGCUGGAUGUGUUUGAUCUGAAGAAAUUCAUCAGAUCAGAAGAAAGAGGGUAUCAGCGCUACGAGAGACUACUACCUGUGUUCAGGAUAUCUAAGACAGCUCUGCUGAACGGCUGUAUGGCAUGGGGAUGUUGUGAGGUGGCUUCAGUUCUCAGAUCAAACUCCUCACCCCUAAGAGAGCUGGACCUGAGUGACAAUGGCCUGAAUAAUGAACAUCUGAGCAUGUUUGAACAGAGGGACCCAGAAGUGAAGCUGCUCUCUGCUGGACUGGGGGAUUCUAACUGUAAACUGGAGAUACUGAAGCUGUCAUGCUGUAAAGUCAGAGAGGAAGACUGUUCUUUCCUCGCUUCAGCUCUGAGGUCAAACCCCUCACACCUCAGAGAGCUGGAUCUGAGCAACAAUAAGCCAGGAGACUCAGGAGUGAAGCUGCUCUCUGCUGUACUGGAGGAUCCCAGCUGUAAACUGGAGAAGCUGAAUGUGGACCACAGUGGAGAGUGCAGGAUGAGACCAGGGUUCCAGAAAUGUGCUGACCAGCCUCACAAUCAAAGAACGAAACCGCACAAACAAAUAAACCACCAAAGAUCAUGCUUCAAAUGAGAAAUGAAAACGAUUUCACGCAAAGCAAGAACAUCACUGGUCAUUCAGCAAAGGUCAGAGGAGCAAUUUCCGCAUUAUGGAGGCGGAAAACCUGGACCGUGGGCAGGAUGAUCUUCUGGGAAAUCUGACUGAGCAGUCCCGUGUUAUUAAUCCUGGCAGAUUCCACCUAAAGACAAUGUUUGCUCAGGGACAGUGGUGUGGAGGAUAAUAGAGGAGAUCAAGGAGAAGCAUCUGUUUUUUUUACUUCUUUUACUUCCAAGAGGCCAGGUCACACAUCACUGAUGCGGAGAAAUCCCAACACUGACGCAUCUCUGUCCACGUACAGAACGAUCCGUCCGCCAGCCUUUGUCUACAUGAGAAAGCCGGAUGUGACCGACCCAGUUCCUGGUCCCCGCUGCAUGUGCGUCAUUUGUACAGAGAGGGCUUCACAAAGAUACCAUUGAUCAGCGCAGCCUGGGCAGGCAAAACAGCACUGUAAGAAUAUUUGUGGUCCGACAAGGGACCGGUGUAAAUAUUAAUAGAUGCCCAAGGUUUCAUAUGUCUUAUAGCCAAACUGAAUAGUAAAAACAAUGCUGCCAAAAGCACUGAAGCUGUCAAAGGCUUCAGAGGCUUCACACUCUCUAUAGCGACGCCAUUUUUACAGUGUUUAACUGCUUCAUUCAAAUGCUUAUCCAGUGCAGGGUCACACCAAGUCAGGAGCCCAUCCCAGGAACAGGGGCCUCAAGCAGGGGGGGUACCCUGGAUAGGAUGCCAGUGCAUGACAGGGCACAAACAGGCUCACACCCCCACCCGAGCUGCUGUGCCUCCCAUUAGCGAUGGACACAAUUAAUGGUAAUAUUAAUUAAAUGGGGAAGAGUUAGAAAUGGCCUGCACACAUAUGUGGGGUAUAAAUAGGAAGUCCGGUGUCUAGUUAUGUUUGCAGUGAAUUUAAGGUUAUCCACCCAGUGCAGAGUAUUUAGCCAGUCAUUCAGUCUCUAAUGAACCUGGGGGGAGCUGUGCAACUGCAAUGCAUCAUGGGGCAAAUGCACCAUAGUAACUUAUGGGAAAUUUAGAGAUACCAGUUCACUUAGACUACAUGUUUUUGGGCUGCAGGCGGUGACAGAGCAGCUGGUGGAAUCACCACAAACAUCCAAAUGUAAACACAGAACCAGGGGCAAGUUUCAAACCCAUAACCCUUGUGUUGCAAAGCUGCUCGGUGACCUCUCAGUCAUUGCACUGCAUCAUGGUGGAAUUAAAUCAUGAAACAAAUGAUUUUCCCCCAAAGGAUCUUAGAGAGAAAUACGUACAAAGGGACAUUGUGAAAGGGCGAUCAAAGAGGAGUAAAGGCCAGGCAGAGAUGGAAUGAGGCAGGGGAAGUGUUCUAUAAACAUCAUAAACAAUCAGUUUCUAGAUGUGCAAGCCCUUCUGACUGACAGCACAGUACACAGGGAGUUUCCAGCGUUGUUGAAAUCCAAACUCCUUUAUCCCUGACAUGAGCACAGACCAGGCGCAGAAUUCAGUCACACAGGUUUUCCCCUGAAAACAGCCAUAUCUUCUGCAGGCCUGUUUUGUUCAGUUCUGAAUAUGCAUGUGCUUGAUGUCACGCUUCUGCGUGUAGCCUACGGAACGGGAAUCCAUUCUAUCCAUAAGAUCCUUUCCGAUUCCCUGCAAACUGGGAACUUCCGUUGCUGCAGAGAA